CCUCGGAGGGUGUGAGAUGGUUCCUAUGCCCUGCGGCCACGUCUGUCCUGCGGUCGCCCAGCCCUGCGAGGCCCUUCCUCCACCUCCCCCGCCUCCUGGCCUCCCGGCUAUGGGAGGAGCCUUCGCUUCCGAAAGCACAGGGGUCGGUCCUAACGGCGCGCCUCUCCCGCUGCCGCCGGGGGCACUAGGAAGCCCUACGGCGACGGUGUCGCAAAAGUGUCGCGAAGGCGUCCGCCCUUUGCGGUUCUGGGCCACCUGUAUAAGCGGAGCGUGCUGGGGUUUGAAAGCUAGUAUGGAGGCAGCGGCGGCUGAGCUUUCUCGGUAUUGCGGGGACUGCUUGGAGAAGCAGCUCGCUGGUGUGUCCGGCUGCUGAGAUCUCGCUGCCUUGGUACCCCCGGCCCGGUGGCACGACCAUGCUGGCCUCGCGCGUGGCGCGCAGCUCGUGGGGGGCCCUGCGCGGCGCCGCAUGGGUGCUGGAGGCGCGUCCGGGCAAGGGGCGCGCCCGCGGGGCCCUGCUGCUGUCUGCGCCCUGCUGCCUAGGCUGCCUGGCAGAGCGCUUGGCGGCCGGAGGGGGCGCCGCCGCGGAGGCCCCGGGCGGCGGGUGGGGCCCAGCGAGUGCCGCCAGCCUGUAUGAAAACCCAUGGACAAUCCCAAAUAUGUUGUCAAUGACGAGAAUUGGCUUGGCCCCAGUUUUGGGCUAUUUGAUUAUCGAAGAAGAUUUCAAUAUUGCACUAGGAGUUUUUGCAUUAGCUGGGCUAACUGAUUUGUUGGAUGGAUUUAUUGCUCGAAACUGGGCCAAUCAAAAAUCAGCUUUGGGAAGUGCUCUUGAUCCACUUGCUGAUAAAAUACUUAUCAGUAUCUUAUAUAUUAGCUUGACCUAUGCAGAUCUUAUUCCAGUUCCACUUACUUACAUGAUAAUUUCAAGAGAUGUAAUGUUGAUUGCUGCUGUUUUUUAUGUCAGAUAUCGAACUCUGCCAACACCGCGGACACUUGCUAAAUAUUUCAAUCCUUGCUAUGCUACUGCUAGGUUAAAACCAACAUUCAUCAGCAAGGUAAACACAGCAGUCCAGUUGAUCUUGGUGGCAGCUUCAUUGGCAGCUCCGGUUUUCAAUUAUGCUGACAGCAUUUAUCUUCAGAUGCUAUGGUGUUUUACAGCCUUCACCACGGCUGCAUCAGCUUACAGUUACUAUCACUAUGGUCGGAAAACUGUUCAGGUGAUAAAAGACAGAUGAACCUCAUCCAUCUCCACGAGCAAGGAAGCAAUAUACAUCAUCAGCACGGAGCCAGGGAACCUACAGGAGUUCACUGUUUUGGUGUUCAGAUUGAAAAAAGGACUUGUCAGAACAAACCAUGUCAUCAAAAUUUAAGUAAUGUGCGUUGAAAAUAAGCUUGAUUGAUCAUGGGCAUAUGCCGAAUUUCCAAUGUAUUUUUAAAUACAAAUAAAACUCUAAUUUAGAAUUUUUAAUCUUAGUUUUCUUCAUUAAUUUAUAAGAGAUGAAUUACUCUGAUAAUUGUCAGUCAUUUUUUAAUAUGUUUUUUACAAACAUAGUUCAGAGCACAGAAACUGAAGAGCUGACAUCUCUCUUUAAAUAAAAUGUAGACUGUUCACAAAGCACUAGGAGAAUUCAUGGAUUUAAAUACAUAUCCUAUACCUCUUGGCUACACAUGUUUAUUUUUUAUUUUUAGAUCUGUGUGCACAUUAACAGUUCACGUGGUUGAUAUUUGAUCAUUUAGUGUAAUGAAAAUAUGUUAGUUUAGCUGUGGAUGAAGUCAAGUUGUAAAGAGAUUUAAAAUGCAGUAAGUUUUGAAUAUAA